AGGCGGUGAACCUAGAGCGCGGACGGACGCGAGACCUGAGAGAAAGGAAUACCCCAGCUCUUAUAACAGCGAUUGCCUCUCUUACCCUCUCUUUCUCACUCUCUUUCUCCUGUGGGUUCCAACCCUAAUCUCUCUCUCACUCACAAAUUUGGGCUAAAAAAUUUCAAGAAAAAGGAAGCUAAAAAGGGUGAAAAAUAUGAAGAAUCUUUACCCUAAAGGAAAGGGAAAGAUCCACCCAUCGCCGGCGUCGCCCUCCGCCUCCAACGGCGGCGGGCCGAGCAGUGACGCUCUGGCGGUGUUGAAGCUCCUGCCGGCGGCGAUCCUGGCGCUGACGGCGGCGCUGGGAAAUGAGGACAAGGAGGUGCUCGCGUACCUGAUCACCACGUCGAUAAAUGGGCCGGGGAUGGUGGCGUCCGCUGCGAUGGAUAGCGGCGGCGGCGGUGGGGAGGAGAGGCGGCGGUGCCGGCGAGUGGGGGGUGUCCACCGGCCGCUCUUCGACUGCGGAUGUUUCGACUGCUAUACUAGCUUCUGGUCCCGCUGGGACUGCUCUCCUGAUCGGGAGCUCAUCCACCACGCCAUCGAGGCCUUCGAGGAGCACCUGGCCAGCUCCGAGAGCAAGGGCGGAGGAGGCGGCGGGAGAGGGCGGCGAAGGGAGCGGAGGGCUUCGGAUCGGUCGGAGAAGGGAAAGAAGAGCAAGGUGAAGGCGAAGAAGAAGGCGGAAGAGAACACCGAAGAGAAGGUUCUCGAGGUUCCUGCGGUGAGCUUCUCGGGCGAAGAGCAGGCGGCGGAGGUAGACGACGACGAGAAGUGGGAGGUGGAGGAGGGCGGGAACGAGAUGGAGGUGGCGGCGGGCGACGAGCGGCGGAGGGCUUGGCCGGACAUGAUGGGCCUAUUUAAUUCCCGUUUGUGGAGCCUUUGGAGUCCGGACGCCUGAGCAAGGAAAAAAAUGGCGAUUCUGGAGAGGCGUUGAUAUGGUUGGAGCUGGACGCUGUUUGAGAUCUGCGAUGUCAGAGAGUAUCUGCAAAGCAAGUCCAUAUUCAUCAGUGUUCCGAUAAAGGAUCCUUUGAUGUUUAAGUUAGUUGGAGCUUUGAAAAUACUAGAAAAAAAAAGAGUAAAAGUCGAGAGAGCGAAGAGAGUUCUUUUUCUUCCUAUUAGAACUUGUCUUUCUUUCGAGUAGCUUGUAUUUGCUGGCUGUUGUUUAUCUGAGGAUCCUUUUUGUAGCUUCUUUGUAUGAAGAUUGAGUUCGUAGGCCACUAGCUGAAAUCUGUAAAUUUGUUAGAUUUAGUUUUGUAGGUCGUUAGACCAUGUUUUGAUCUUUUAUUGAAAGAAAAAUCUCUUCCAU